AUGAACCCCAUUGUCAAACAACUAAUUCAACAAAUAGAGUCUAGUGAGACACGUCGACUCUGGAUGGAGGAAGGUAUCCUUUAUACAUAG